UGUCGAGAGGAUAAAAUACUUGACAUAUUUUUCGUUUUUAUUCGAAUCUUUAUAAAAAGAACAACACGAGACAUUGCAAAACAUACAUUGUACGACUCUUUUAUUCACAUAGUCCGUAUAUAUAUACUAUAUAUCGACUAGGUUAGGCAUGAACUGGUCAUUACCUGAUGAAGGUCUUUCGGAGGGUUUCUUUGAUGACUUUCUCAACUCAUUACCAGACAUCGAUAUCGAUUGUGAUGAAGAUACCACCGAUGGUGCGGUAGAAGAUUGGAAAGCCAAAUUUCAACACCUCGAACCUCCUCCCAUGGAUGGCUUUACGAGUCUUCCCGCUGAGUUCACCUCCUCUUGGGCCAUUAACACCAAGCUCAGCCCUGUGGGGACAACAGUAUCUGUUUUGAAACAGUCCGGUGCUUGUGGCCCCUUGUCUGGCAUAAACAGCACUCUCCAGCAGGCUUCAUCACCUCAUGAUAUCAAAAUCUCAAAGAUGUUUCAGUCCUUAAGCCCAGUGUCAGUUCUCGAGAGCAGCGGCCGUUCUUUCUCGCCACAUAACUCAAGAUCUCAGAGAUUGACUUCCCCUGUGAAAGGCAUGAGAAGCAAGCGCAAACGCCCCACAACACUGAGAUUCAAAUACCUUCACCAGCUUGAACCCAGCAAGCCUGAGAAUUUCGCUCCUGGCGGAUCAGGACUCAAGAAUUACUAUGAUUUUGAGCAACAUGCCAAGAAGAAACGCAGGGUUUCAGCCAAAGUGGCAAGAAUAUGCAGUCACUGCGAGACGACAGAGACUCCUCAGUGGAGGGAAGGACCCAAUGGACCAAAGACUCUCUGCAACGCUUGCGGUGUAAGGUUCAGAUCAGGCCGUCUAGUUCCAGAGUACAGACCAGCCUCAAGCCCGACCUUCGUCCCAUCUGUGCAUUCAAACUCGCACAAGAAGAUCAUAGAGAUGAGGAGGAAGGAUGGUGCUCAGUUCCACACCAGCAUGAUUCAUGGAGUGAUAUCAAGAGCAUAGAGC